GAGGCUGACACAGGUGCAGGAGCAAAUGGGACAGCCGGCCCUGAAGCUGGUUCAGGAAGUGGACUCACGUUGAACAGCACAUACCAAAAGCUCCAACGUGUUUAUGAGCUCAGGGAACCUGGAGGAGCAGCUUUGGCAGGUCUUCACACUGAUGUUGCCCCAUUGUCAUCAGAACAGUACAGUAUUAUUGCCGAAUCCCUAAAAGUGCUGUCCCCAUUUAAUGAUGCCACGGUGGAGCUGUCAGAGGAGAAAAGGGUAUCUGAAUCUAAAGUAAUCCCCCUUCUGUCAAUGCUACACCACGCACUGGAGGAGGAAAUGAGAACCCUCCAAACUCCAGAGAGAAAAAUAAUGGCUGAGAGUCUGAAGAGACAAUUACAGGAGAAGCUGUUCACACUGCAAUCCAUGAGCAUAAUAGUGGCAGAAGAGAAAAGCUGCUGGGGGAAGGUGUGUGGCUGUCAGCCACCACCAGACUGCCACAAUGCAGACGGCUGUUUGCCCUCAGCAUGGAUGAGGCUGCAAUGCUGGAUGCGUACUACACCUGGAUCCGUCCUGACUCCAUCUACCCGGACCCAGAUCCUAAAAACAGGCCAAUCCUCCCCGUCCAGAGGACGUAGUGGCAAAGUGGAGGCCCUCAGCAGAGCACAGGCACAAAGUGACCCGGCCAUCGUCAGGGGGCUGACCACGCAGAAAUGGUCAGAAGGAGACGGGCACGUCCUGCUCUUUCAGGCCACAGGGGACGUGGUCAGGGACGAGGAGGUCCGCUCUGACCACGGUGUGAAGAGGAGGUCUUUCCGUGGGGAGGAAGAGGAGCAGCAGUGGCUGGACGUC